AGAGGCGCCGACUCGGACCUCCCGGAUCCGCGCCAUGGCCCGGGCCCGCCAGGACACGGUGGUGCCGGGCGAGGCAGAGGAGACCGACGAUGAGGAGGAGGAGGAAGAGCUGUACCUGAGCUCCAUGGGCACCGGGCCCCUGCCCCGGCCGGUCGGCCUGCAGGUCCCCGGGGAGGCAGAGGAGACAGAUUCGGAGGGCGAGGGUGAGGCGGUCCGGCUGGCCCACUGCCACCUGCCACCCCUCAUCGUGGUGCGCCAGGCCGAGGCCGUGGCCGAGGAAGAGGGCCCGGUGCCGGGCUUCGGGCCGCACGACGGCCGCCGCACGUCGCUGCUGCAGCAGAAGCUGCUGGAGAGCAACGCCCGGCUGGGCCACGACGUGCGGGCCGCGCUGAGCCGCCUCUACCGCACCGCCAGCCACGAGAUCGGGGGGCUCAGCGCCCAGCUGGGCAGCGCCCAGGGGGCCAUCCUCGGGGUGGCCCACAGCAUCCGCCUGGCGCGCGGCGACCUUCGCGCCGUGGCCGAGCAGAUCGACAUCAUCACCAGCUGCAGCCUCCUGCCGGACAUCCGCCUGCCGCCCGCUCCCGCCACCCCGGCCCCUCCCUAACCUCCCCAAGGACCCCAUCCUGCCAGGCCCGACCGAAGCCCGACCCCGCUCAAGUACUGACCGUGGGCUCGCGGCCACCCGCCCUCUCCUCUCCCCUUCAAGCUGGCCGUGUCCCCGGCAGACUGCAGUGGGUGGAUUUGUUGGGGGAUGCGGGUGGAGAUGGGGUGGUGGGGAGGGUUUAUGAGGGCAUCCCCAGCCUGCUGAGUUCCAGUGGGGAUCCAAGGGGGCUUCGGCUGGGUGGAUCAACCAGGGAGCCCAGUCUGGGUCGACCCUCACAAGGCCCCAUGACUGGACACCUGGGAAGGCAGUAAGGGGAAAUCUCGGGCCUCCCCGUCUCCAGCGGCGCUGGCCAGGAGGAUGUAGGGAUUGUGUGUUGGAGGGUGGGGGGGGGCGGCUAAUGCCCUGGCUGCUCGUUUCCUCAAUAUUCCAUCACUUCCCAGCCAGUUCACCCUUGGAAACAAGGACCCCUUAGCCCUACUCUGCUCUUGUGAGGGUCAGGACCCUGGGCGAAGGGUGUAGGCGGGCCAGGCCCCGGUGACUGCAGCGGAACCAGGCUGAUUCCCAGUCCCCGGAGUCCCCUGCCACAGCCCAGUGCCUUCGAGAGGGCCGUGCCCUGCUCUUUCUUGUGGAGGCCCUGGAGUCGUCUCGCAGGGAUCUCCUCCAUCUCUCCCCACCAUACCAGCUUCCCCACUCCGGGAUCCAUGGAGCUCUGGACUCUGUCCCUGCCCUGGGGGUGCUGCCAGGCUGCGGGGAGGCGGUGACCUAAGCACACGGUUGUGGGUGAGUGGAGGGUAAGGUUGGGGAGGGCGGGCCUGAGGGUGCGGUGCCGUUGGGAAACGAGGCCAGUCUGUAAAGGCGUCCCGGAGGAGGUGCCCUUGGAGGACAGGCUGGAUGUGGUGGUGUCCCCCGCCCUCUUCUCUCUCUUGAGCCUGCCAGUGCCCUCUAGGAGAGGACUCGGUUCCGUACAUCAUUGUUCAGGACCCUGAAAUCGGUUAAGGAGACCGUGGACUAGACCCUAACCCGUGGAAGGCUUGCGUUAAUAAGACGGAGCUGCGCUGCCAAUAGGAUGUUUGUGUUACUGA